GGAUGCAGCCCCUUCUACUGAACAUUCCUAUUCUGUGAUAUUUUUUUAAUAAGUGCAGUUGACGCCGAUUGUACUUGGAAAAUCAAAUGGAAGAGCAAAGCACGUCGACGGUAGAUGCCGAAGCAGCAGCAGCAACAGCAACAGGAGCACAAAAUGGAGAACCGGUAGAAGAACCAGGAAACAGAAAUGGAAUGAACCAGAAGAUGUUGAAACGAAUGGAAACAGUUCCUGACAUCAAACGAGACACUUCUGGCAUUACCACACAGUACAUUGCUACUGGGAUAGUCAAUCUUGGAGCUUUUGCAGCUGGUGUUUGUGUGGCUUGGUCAUCAUCAGCACUACCGUUAUUGAUAUCUGAACCUUUUGAGCCACCGUCGCCGACUCGAGACAUUAUUGCCAUUGAGAACACACCACCAACCCUACUUCCUCCUGCACAUACUAAACUUUCGCUCACACCUUCAGAAGCAUCUUGGGUGGCAUCUUUACUCUGUCUUGGCGCACUAUGGGGUGCAGGACCAGCGGGUCUUAUUUCGGAGUACUUCGGAAGGAAGAAGACCUUGCUUUACUUGGCUCUUCCAUUAGUGGUGUCGUGGAUACUCGUCGCUUCAAGUCCAAAUGUCUACGGUCUAUACGUUGGGCGCUUUGUUGGUGGAAUGGCGUUGGGAGCCUUUAGUGUUGGCAUACCACCAUACGUGGAAGAUAUAGCUGAGAAGCACAUACUGCCAACGCUUGCCAACUUCUACCAUGUACACUUCAGUUGCGGUGUUCUGUUUGGAUAUAUUAUUGGUUUAGUUGAAAACACCUCAUGGCUGACAGUUCUAUGCGCUAGUGUACCAACAGCAUUCUUUGUUGCCUUCAUCUUUCUCCCUGAAUCACCAGCCUACCUGAUGUCACAAGGAAAAUUCCACGAGGCAAAGGCAGCUCUACGCUACUUCAGGGGCAUCGAUAACGACAUUGACUCAGAAAUGAAAGCUUUGAAAGAACGCCUUAGAAACUCUGCAAAGAUCAAGGUCACUUUCAAAGAACUCUUUGGUACCAGAUCCACAGUGAAAGCUCUAAUUGUCUCUUUCUUACUUAUGGUCUUUCAACAGAUGAGUGGCAUAUUUCCCGUUCUUUUCUACACCAAAAAUAUUUUUGAAACAUUUGCUAUUUCUCUCAAUCCUCCCAGUGCCGCUAUAAUUUUGGGUUUCUGUUUUGUUUCAUCCACAUACUUUUCUACUAUGCUUUUAAAAGUUGUCAGAAGGCGAAUACUAUUGAUGGUCUCCUUUGCAGCUAUGGCUGUGAAUUUAGCUUGCCUUGGAAUUUACUAUCAUUUGAAAGCAUCAAACUUUACUCCAGGUGGUACCUGGAUUCCACUAUUCACUCUUUGUCUUUUUGUAAGUUUCUAUGCAUCUGGCGUGGGACCGAUCCCAUGGCUGAUGCUAAGGGAAAUUUUUCCAACUCACAUGACACGAAGAGCGACAGCUUUAACGGCUGGUUUCCAUUGGUUCUUGGCAUUCUGUGUUACGAAAUUUUAUCAGAAUUUGAUAGACAUGGUUAAGCAUGGAUGGACGCUAUUGGCUUUUUGUAUAGUUUGCAUAGUGGGAAUUGCGUUUGUAUUCUUUUUCGUUCCGGAGACGAAAGGUAGAACGCUAGAAGAGAUUCAAAAUGAGUUCGAAGGAAUUCAUAAAAAAAGAAAGCACAGACACGUUAUAGAGGUAGAGAGCGUAUCAGAAGCUUAGAUCAAGACUGUUAGGAUUUGGAUUGUUUAGUAGAUCAUCCAAAUCCAUAGAUUUAUUUAUAAGUUCAGUUGCUCAAUUUUUUAUAAUGAUUGUCCAAAGUUAAAUUAGAUUUAUAUUCUAAUAAGGUUAAUGUUAGUUUUCGUCAGACAAACGUUAUAAAUUAAAGAGAAAAUGUAAAUUAUUUUUUAAUCCUAG